AUACCAACCAAGCUAGCUAGACAGAUCACAGACUCAUUUAUAUUAUAUCUUAUAGAAAAUAAUAAAAAGCUGUGUUUUGUUUUGUGGGUUUUGGUGGAGGAGAACGAUGACGGUCGGAGCAGGGAUAACGGCGGCGGAGGGCAACUUGACGGUGUUGGGGCACACUGUGCUGGUGGAUGUUCCUGACAACAUUGUUGUCACUCCCGCCGCCGGUGCUGGUGAUUUGGCUCGUGGGGCAUUCCUUGGUGUUGUUUCUGAUCAGAUUGGUAGUCGCCGUGUGUUCACUCUCGGCAAGCUUCAGGGGUUGCGUUUCAUGUGUGUUUUCAGGUUCAAAAUGUGGUGGAUGACACAGAGAAUGGGUUCUUAUGGAAAAGAGGUUCCAUUUGAGACUCAAUUUUUGAUUGUGGAAGCUCAUGAUGAUGAUCAAUCUUCACUCUACACUGUUUUCUUACCCAUUCUUGAGGGUGACUUCAGGGCUGUUCUUCAAGGGAAUCAACAUGAUGAGCUUGAAAUCUGCUUAGAAAGUGGUGACCCUUCUGUUGUGGAUUUUGUGGGAAGUCAUUUGGUGUUUGUUGGAGCUGGAUCAGACCCUUUUGAUGUUGUCACUAAUGCUGUCAAGACUGUUGAAAAGCAUUUACAGACAUUUUGUCACCGUGAGAGAAAGAAGAUGCCAGACAUGUUGAACUGGUUUGGAUGGUGUACAUGGGAUGCUUUCUACACUGAUGUCACUUCAGAGGGCCUUAAGCAAGGAUUGGAGAGCUUAGAGAAGGGUGGAAGUCCUGCGAAAUUCGUCAUAAUCGACGAUGGUUGGCAGUCUGUUGACAUGGAUCCUACUGGUACUGAACACAAGGCAGAAAACUCAGCAAACUUUGCAAACAGGUUAACACAUAUUAAAGAAAACCACAAAUUUCAGAAAGAUGGCAAAGAGGGUCAUAGAGUGGAGGAUCCAGCUUUAGGUCUUCGCCAUAUUGUGUCUGAUAUUAGAGAAAAACAUGCUUUGAAGCAUGUUUAUGUGUGGCAUGCAAUAACAGGCUACUGGGGUGGUGUUAGACCAGGAAUUACCGAAAUGGAACACUAUGAAUCCAAGAUGACUUAUCCUGUUUCAUCCCCUGGAGUUCAGUCCAUUGAGGCUUGUGAUUGCUUGGAAAACAUUACCAAGAAUGGUCUUGGACUUGUGAACCCUGAGAAAGUUUUUAACUUCUACAAUGAGCUUCACUCCUACCUCUCAUCAGCCGGCGUGAAUGGUGUUAAAGUUGAUGUUCAGAACAUUCUUGAGACUCUUGGGGCAGGCCAUGGUGGAAGGGUGAAACUGGCUAGAAAAUAUCAUCAGGCAUUGGAGGCAUCUAUUGCCAGAAACUUUCCUGAUAAUGGGAUUAUUUCUUGUAUGAGUCAUAACACAGAUGGUUUAUACAGUGCUAAACGAAGUGCGGUUAUAAGGGCUUCAGAUGAUUUUUGGCCUAGAGAUCCAGCCUCGCACACAAUUCAUAUUGCAUCAGUUGCUUACAACACUGUUUUCCUUGGUGAAUUCAUGCAGCCUGAUUGGGAUAUGUUUCAUAGCCUGCAUCCAAUGGCGGAAUACCAUGCAGCAGCACGAGCAGUAGGAGGAUGUGCUAUCUAUGUUAGUGAUAAGCCUGGUCAACAUGACUUCAAUCUUCUGAAGAAGCUUGUUCUUCCUGAUGGUUCAAUCUUGAGGGCCAGACUACCUGGAAGACCAACAAGGGAUUGUUUAUUUUCGGAUCCUGCCCGAGAUGGAAAAAGCCUUCUGAAGAUUUGGAACAUGAACGCAAUUUCUGGAGUUGUUGGAGCCUUCAACUGCCAGGGAGCAGGGUGGUGCAAGGUUGGGAAGAAGAACCUUAUCCACGAUGAACACCCAGGCACAGUCACUGGGGUUAUUAGAGCCAGAGAUGUUAAUUAUCUGCACAAGGUGGCUCAUAAGAACUGGAGUGGUGAUGCUGUCAUAUUCUCCCAUCUUGGUGGAGAAGUAGUGUAUCUUCCCAAGGAUGCAUCUUUGCCAGUGACACUAAAAUCAAGAGAAUACGAAGUGUUUACUGUGGUUCCAGUGAAGGAGUUGUCCAAUGGAGUGAGAUUUGCUCCAAUUGGGCUAACGAAGAUGUUGAACUCAGGAGGAGCCAUUAAAGGAGUGGAUUAUUAUGAUGAUGAGUCCAAAAGAGUGGAGAUGAGAGUUUGUGGUUGUGGCUUGUUUGGAGCUUAUUCAUCCACAGCACCUAAGAGAGUUGUAGUUGAUUCAGAGGAUGUGGAAUUCGAAUUCGACGAAACAUCUGGUUUGGUGAGUGUCGUUUUGAGAGUUUCAGAGCAAGAAUUGCACCUUUGGAACAUAACCAUUGAGCUCUAGAGUCUAGAGUAGAGUGUUGUUUAACUUGUGUUGAACAUAGCUUUUCAUUUAUCAUAACCGAACUCAUUUUAAUGCCAUGUUAUAUCAUGUGUUAAAAAUUAGUAUCCAUUACUCAUUUGUGGAAGUAUUAUAAGCCAAAAUCUCAAUUGUAUUGCA